UUUAACCAUUGUUCAUUUAAGCACGGGGAGCAGAAUGUAUAAUUAAAUAAAAACAUUGUUCACAGACCAGGAACCGCCACUAGUAAGAAGUUGAGAUAAAAGUAUUUUCCACUAGACUUCUACGCUGUAGAUACACAGACACUUCCGAAACCAGCGGAGUACUUCCGGUCUUCUUCCGGGGUUUCAUUGACAGCAUUUUCCUUUCCAAAGGCCAGUCGUUUGGCCAUCACCUGCCGAGAUAUAAAAGUCCAAGGCCCUUUUGAAGGCAGCAUAGGAAUUUAGUAGCUGUUGAAAGACUGGCUGUAGGGCGCCACAUGAUCAGGACUGUGUGUAGACAGUUGACAGCUUUGAAACCCGCUGCAAGCUUAGGUAAGGAGUGCUGUGUCCGUGUUUUCAGUGAAAUAGCAGGGAGAGAAUAACAGCAUGUCGCAACAGAUUCAGACAUUCGCCUUUUUCUUUAUCACACUAGUACUGUCGAUUAUCGCCACAUUGGUCUUUAUGAACGAGACAGGUAAAGAGAAAGAAGCGUGAAAACGUUUUAUCUCACUGUUGUGCUCGAACUGUAGUAACAUUAGCUUAGCUACAAGCUUCUGGAGUCUAAAAGGCAUGGUUGUGUAUCAUCAAGGAUAAAUCAUAAAUUUGAUAGUUUGAGGGCUCUAGGACUCUACAGACACCAGGCAAGGCCUGGAAACGGGUGGGGAAAUGUACAGUGAACCCAAAUAGGACUGAUCAGGGGUCAGUUUUUCUACAUGUCAGCUAAAGCCUGGGGUUUAACAGGGUUUUGAGAGACUGACCCCGAGUCAGGUCGUGUCCACGUCCUGACGACGUAACCAGCGACGUCAAAGGACAAACUGAGACAAACGGGGUUUAGCUAGGGAGGAACAGUAAAUAUUUACAUCGUAUUAGAAUGGUUCGCAGAUUAAAAAACUAUUAUUUAUACACCGGUAAGUCCUUGUGGGAGCCAGACGUCGUUGUUGACGUAGCUUUUGUAAAGCGCCGCCCGGCUGCUUUGAUACAGCUCUAGGGGAGCAGACGUCUGUUGUAAUCCGCAGUGUAAACAUCCCCAUCCAGCUCCCCUCUCUGUCGUUAGUCCGGUCACUCCUGACGCUCAUCCACAAUGCAAGCGAACCCAACGCGGGGCUUCUUGUGGUCGGAUGUGGAGACGAGGACCUUGUUGAACAUAUGGGGUGAGCAGGACAUCCAGACGGCGCUGGAUGGAAACUUCCGUAACAGCUUCGUGUACCGCGAUGUUUCCCGGAGGCUGGGCACCAUGGGCUUCGAGAGGACGCCGGAACAGUGUAGGGUGCGCAUUAAAAGCCUCAAGAGACAGUACCUGCUGGCCAAGGAGGGAAAUAUACGAAACAAUGGCCAGUAUCACAAGAUUUGCAAGUUUUAUGAAGUAAUGGAGAGAAUACUGAGUAACCGACCCGUCCUAGACCCACAUGAGUUCAUAGACAACGGGGCGGGGAGAGAGGAGGCCGUGGACGGCAUGGAUGACGAUGGAGAGGAUGCUCAGGACGCUUUCACGGAGAGCACAGGGGACUGUCCUUAUCCUGCAGAGACUCACGUCAAGCUGGAAUAUCCCACCAUUCCCAUUCCUGUCCCAGUUAAAGUCACAGUAGGAAACAACAGCACCCCGGCCAGACCGCAGAACAGCAGUCAGUCAACUGCGACUCUCUCUACCAAGGCAACUAAAAGACCCAGGAAAAGACGUGCAAACUUUCCCAUGGAGAAGCUGAUGGAGCAGUUCCUGGAGCAAAGUGCACAGGCUGAGGACAAUUUCUAUCGAAUGGAGGAACAGCGCCUUCAGGCUGAAGAAUGCCGCAGAGAGGCCGAGCACACUCGGGAGCUGCACAUGCUCCAGAUGCUUGGACAGAUGUUCUCCAGCAUCUCCUCCUCCACUAAACCCGUCUCUGCUGCCACCCCUUCUAAGACUAGUCCCAGCACCUGCCCGCCAUCUUACUCCAGCCCCUCUCUAUCAUGCUCACGUGGCCAAUCCAGUCACAUCAGACACUCUUCACCCUUGAAAGACCGUUUUCCCCAACAGAGUCAACUGUUGGACCCAGACCCCCAGGCCUUAGUGUUGGAACGCUGCUACAGUUUGGGGACUACAUCACACAAAGGCAUGGAGGAGGACAUUGUCUCACUAGUUAAGACCAUAGUUCCUCCUCUGAACUCCAAGAAGCACAAGGGACAAGAUGGACGUAUUGGAAUCAUUGGAGGUUGCCAAGAGUAUACAGGAGCUCCAUACUUUGCUGCUAUUGCUGCACUCAAAGUGGGAGCUGAUUUGUCUCAUGUGUUCUGCACCAAAGAUGCUGCUACUGUGAUUAAAUCCUACAGCCCUGAGCUCAUAGUCCAUCCUGUUCUGGACAGUCCUAAUGCUGUGGAGGAAAUUGAAAAGUGGCUUCCGAGACUCCAUGGCCUAGUGGUAGGACCUGGUCUGGGCAGAGAAGACUUAUUGCUGAGAACAACACAGGAGGUGAUAGAAAAGUCCAAAGCGAGAGAUAUUCCCAUCAUCAUCGAUGCAGAUGGAUUAUGGCUGGUUACACAACGACCCACUGUUAUUCAAGGGUACCACAAGGGCAUCUUGACACCUAAUUUUAUGGAGUUCACAAGAUUGUACGAGGCACUGCACCAUGAACCCUUGGAGAGCAGUGAUCAUCAGCGCAGCAUCUUGCAGCUCAGUGUGGCCAUGGGCAACCUGACAUUGGUGCUGAAAGGGAAGCAAGAUCUCAUUACAGACGGCAGCAAAGUGAUCUCUUGCAGUACCGAGGGCAGUGGAAGAAGAUGUGGUGGACAAGGUGAUCUCCUGUCUGGAUCCAUAGGCGUGCUGGCACACUGGGCCUAUGCUGCGUCUGCAGCUGGAACUCUUAAAAGUAUAAAUCCUUCAUUGGUGGCUGCAUUUGGGGCCUGUUCACUUACCAGGCAGUGCAACAGACAAGCAUUCCAGCAACAUGGCAGGUCCACGACCACCUCAGACAUGAUCCAGGAGAUUGGCUCAUCCUUCAGAAAACUUUUUGAGAGCUGAAAACUGUAGUUUCGAAACAUGCACACAAAUCAAACCUUUGCUUUCUGUACAAGCAAACUUGUUCAAAUGGACACUAAAGGCAAAGACUUUAUAUAUAAAUUUAUAUAAAUAUAUAUUAUAUAUACAGGCUUUGUUAAAGACUGUGCUCAACAUAAACAUGGAGUAUUGACCGACCCGCAGUGUCAUCCUCAUGACACUAAACUAACUAAACUGUAUAAAGGAAAUGGACAUAGGUGUGUGGGUAAGUCACAAUUGUGCCUCCUCCUGUCAUGAUUUACUGUCAGUUGUUCUCUCAAUAGGCUCCCAUAUUGAAGUGGUAACAUCAUGUUCUGUUGGAUAAAUGGAAGGAUAACUGAAACUAGUAGAUCAGAGUGAAAAGCAGAAUCAUUUUUUCCUUUACACUUUAUACAGAGUUUCUUACAAACAGGAUAGUUCUGUCCAUUUCCUAUAGACUGUACAGCCUACUGUUGUAUUUCAUCAUUUCCAGCACAGUUCCAUUUUAUUUAGGACACAAGUAAAACAAAUCCAUGUGCUUUUAUUUAAAAUAAAUAAUUUGAAAUAAAUUGUAUGAAAAAGUA